AUGGCAUCCAACCAAGGCAAUGGCACUCUCUAUACCUUUCCUGGUAACUUUCGUGCAUACAAAGCUCAAAUUGCUGCCAAAUACAGCGGAGCUAAAGUAAAUGUUGCUGACGAAAAUAAAUUCAAAAUGAAUGAAACUAAUAAAUCAGCAGAAUUUAUCAACAAGUUUCCAACGGGCAAAGUACCAGCUUAUGAAAACGACGCAGGUGUUAAAUUAUUUGAAGCCAAUGCAAUCGCUUUUUUUCUUUCUAAUGAACAACUUCGUGGAAACACAUUAGCCGAACAAGCUCAAGUUCUUCAAUGGAUUAAUUUUGGUGAAUCUGAUAUUAAUCCAGCAUCAGCAACAUUGGUGUAUCCAUGCAUGGGCAUUAUGCAAUUCAAUAAGCAAAAUAAUGAACGUGCAAAAACUGAACUAACACAUAUUUUACAAUUACUUAACAAUUAUCUUCGUACAAAAACAUAUCUUGUUGGCGAACGCAUUACACUAGCUGAUAUUGCUGUUGCUUGUGAUUUGCUUUUACUUUUUCAAUGGAUAAUCGAACCAAGUUUACGAGAUCCUUAUCCAAAUGUAACUCGAUGGUUCGUAACAUUGAUUAAUCAACAGGAAUUCCAAGCAGUUAUUGGUAAAGAUUUUAAAUUAUGUGAAAAAACAGCUCAAUUUGAUGCUAAAAAAUAUGCUGAAUUUUUGCACAGUGAACAACAACCACAAGCAGCUGCUAAAAGUGCUCCAGCAACAACAGCUGAAGGUGCUAAAGGUGAAAAGAAGAAGGCUAAAGAAGAAAAACCAGCUAAAGAAAAAAAACCAGCUAAGAAAGAGGAAGAGGAAGAAAUUCCAGAUGACACUGAUGACGCUUAUGCUGAUGAACCUAAACAAAAAGAUCCAUUCGCUGAAAUGCCAAAAUCAUCAUUUAACAUGGAUGAAUUCAAACGUGUUUAUUCAAAUGAAGAUACAGCUACAAAAGCUAUACCAUACUUUUGGGACCAUAUUGAUAAAGAAAAUUGUUCAAUUUGGUUUUGCGAAUACAAAUAUCCAGAAGAUUUAGCUCAAAUAUUUAUGACAUGCAAUUUAGUAUCUGGAUUCUAUCAACGAUUAGAGAAAUUGCGUAAAAAUGCAUUUGCUAGUAUGUGUGUUUUUGGUGAAAACAAUAACAAUACUAUUGCUGGUAUUUGGAUUUGGCGUGGUCAAGGACUUGCAUUCCAACUUGCACCUGAUUGGCAAGUUGAUUAUGAAUCUUACACAUGGAAAAAAUUACCAAUUGAUGAUGAAAGUACUAAAAAAAUAGUUAAUGAUUAUUUUCUUUGGGAAGGUGAACAUAAUGGUAAAAAGUUCAACCAGGGCAAAAUUUUCAAAUAA